CAGCCAAAAUGAAAUUAGCCCUGCACACUGUCAUCUGCUGCUGUGUUUUCACCACCGUCCUGCCACUGGUAAAAGGUGCCACAGGCGACUUCAACAGCAGCCUGAAAAAAAGGUUCAGAGUAUGGCUGCAGAGUCGUAUGAGGAGAGACCUGCGCAGUGACGAGUACUCUGACAUCCACAUCAGACCACAGCAGGACGGAAAUGCAGAAACUGUCUCAGUCUCAUCAAGCUUUGGGUUGAAUAUCAGACCCAGGAGAUCAAUGCCACCCAAAUCCGGCUGCGUCCUAUUCACAUGCUCAUACCACGACCUGAUAUACCGACUGCACCAGAUUAACCAGGAAAAAGAGCCCAACGCCCCUCCCAAAAAGAUCAGCCCAAAAGGCUACGGACGCCGACGCCGCUCGCUUGGGGACGUCGCCCGACUCGCCCUCCCGACGGGAAGACAGAGAUGGAGCACCGAAGCUGGUCAGCGAGUCUACAGACACAAACGCACAGGCACAGUGGCCUAA